AUGUCAGGCGAUACCAAUAUGGAUAUUUCCGAAGACAUGUCUUCAUGCCCUUUCCCAAAGCGGGUUCCGGAGUUGGGAGAUAAUGGCAUCCACGACGAGGCCGAUUAUCCUCAAACCAAGCGGCUCAGGCUUGACGAGCAUCUCGUCAACACGUCCAGCUCCAAUUCGGGCACAGCAACUCCUUGUGAAUCUUCUGGUAUGGAGUAUCACCAUCAUGCGCUACAGCAGGUCCAUUGUCGCGGCCAACUUCCUCUUCCAUAUACCCAGGCUACCCGUGAGUGCACAUUUGCGAUAGACUAUAUGGAGAAGAAGACAACCACCGACAUUGGGACCCGGUGGGCUUGGAGUUGA